UGCGCAGAGGCAACAACGCUUUAUCAAUAGUGCGCAAGGGUGCUUCCCUUCGGUAGAGCUCCGUCCCUGACGUCACUGCGCCGGAAGCUUUGCGCUCCGUGGCCCUCGGUGGCGUCGCUCCGCAUACAAAGACAGGCCGCCGCCAUCUUUCGUAUAGGCCGGGCGGAGAGCUCGGGCCCCGGGCAUGACCCCGCUGUCUCCUCGGGCCUCCGCCGGGCGGAAAUGAGGCCAAGAUGUCGGUGUCUGGGCUGAAGGCCGAGCUGCGACUCCUUGAGUCUAUCUUCGGUAAAGAGCACGAAAGGUUCCGGAUCAUCAGCUGGAGACUGGACGAGCUGCACUGUGUGUUCAUCCAGAGCACCGGGGGGGCCCUGACCAUCCACUGCAACAUCACGGAAUCGUAUCCCUCUUCUGCACCAAUAUGGUUUGUGGAAUCAGAUGACCCAAAUCUGACUUCUGUCUUGGAGCGCCUAGAGGAUAUAAAGAAAAGCAACACUCUGCUCCUGCAGCAGUUGAAGCGUUUGAUUUGUGACCUGUGCAGACUGUACAAUCUCCCACAACACCCUGACGUUGAAAUGCUGGAUCAGCCUCUGCCUACAGGACAGAAUGGCACAACAGAGGAAGUUACGUCUGAAGAGGAAGAGGAGGAAGACAUGGGCGAGGAUAUUGAAGACUUGGAUCAUUAUGACAUGAAGGAGGAAGAGCCAGUCGAUGGCAAGAAAUCAGAGGAUGAAGGCAUUGAAAAAGAAAAUCUUGCCAUCUUAGAGAAGAUACGGAAAAAUCAAAGACAGGACCACCUUAAUGGUGCAGUUUCUGGCUCUGUACAAGCUUCUGAUCGUCUUAUGAAAGAGCUCAGGGAUAUCUACAGGUCACAGAGUUAUAAAACAGGAAUUUAUUCAGUGGAACUUGUAAAUGACAGUCUGUAUGAAUGGCAUGUUAAGCUGCUUAAGGUUGAUCCAGACAGUCCAUUACAUAGUGACCUUCUGGUCUUAAAAGAGAAGGAGGGCAUAGACUCCAUUUUACUGAAUUUUUCCUUUAAGGACAAUUUUCCGUUUGAUCCCCCAUUUGUGCGAGUGGUAUCCCCUGUACUUUCUGGGGGGUAUGUUCUGGGUGGAGGUGCUCUGUGCAUGGAGCUUCUUACUAAACAGGGCUGGAGCAGUGCCUAUUCAAUAGAGUCUGUUAUCAUGCAAAUCAAUGCUACCCUAGUUAAAGGGAAAGCUCGUGUGCAAUUUGGAGCCAAUAAGAAUCAGUAUAAUCUUGCUCGAGCACAGCAAUCCUACAAAUCACUAGUACAGAUCCACGAGAAGAACGGCUGGUACACUCCUCCAAAAGAAGAUGGGUAACUUGAACCGAACUUGGACCAAGAUUUAAACCAUUUUGUUUUUCUAUUACUUUCCAAAACAGAUCGAAUAUUGCCCUUUUUUGGUCCUCUGUACAGCAUAUGUUUAGUUUAUUAGAUAAAGGAACUGUCAGACCUGACCUGUAUAUUAGACCACGUCUGCUUCCCCGGCAAUGAGAGCAGCUGCCUUUACUGAAGAGGCCACUCCAAAUAUUUUAACGUCCUAUUUAAUUCAGAAGAUAUAGCAUAGUUACAUCAUUCCACUUUUAUUAGACUGUUGUAAAUUGCUUUCACUUUGUUCAUGUGUUUUUGUUUAUUCUUUUUCCUUGUUUGCAGAAUGUGUUCUGCAAAAUAAAUAGCUUUGUAUAGUUUCAUUUAAAGCCAAACAAAUGUUUGAUACCUUUUGAAACAUAAGAAUGCCGUUUUAAGAAAUUGAUGUAGGUGACUCUAGCACUCUGGCUACAGUCGUAUAUGGGAGAAAAUUGUAGCAUUGCCAAACGCAUUGUGGGUAAAUUUAACUUAAAGGCCAUGAAAUGGAAAUCUAUAAAUGUCUUGAAAAACAUUAGCUUGGGGAUUCUUUUUUAUUUUAUUUUUUUAUUCAUUUUUUUUUUCCUUCCCCUUUUUUGGAAUGACUUAAAUGAUGAAUCUUUCAAAAGAAUUAAAUGAAAAGAUUUUACGAUUUGUUCUGAUUGAAUGACGUGUCAAGUCCAUAUAUAAAUGUCUAAUGUACAUUUGCAAUGAGCCCAUGUGAUGCAUUAGUUACACUGGUCAUCUGUCACCCUCUUCCAGGCUCUAAAAGGGGCAAUAAGCCCUAAGCUACACUGGCAUCUUGUGAUGGCACAGGAACUACUUUAACUAUAUAGAUUCAGCCUUUUUUCAAUUUGAGUCUGUGCAUUGGCGUGUGCUCACCAGUCCCCAAUAGAUGAAGUUCCUAAAAUGUGCAUACACAUAACUGCACCCACACCACCCCUGCAACUUGGGCCUCAGUUCAGUCUAUUGGUUAUUGUUUCAGUAGUGUUGUUUGGGGGUUAUUUUUGUUCCACCUUCUCCUUCAUUCUUCUGGUACUUUCUUUACUCCUCUUUGAAUAUAGCACUAUAUCUGAUGCCAGAGAAGCAUAACAAUGUUGCUUGAGAAGAGUAUUAACUUUUUGUUUUGUUGUGACUUUUUAUUCUUAACGGGUUGUUGCAAUUCUGUCGAUACAAGCGAAUUGGCUUAGUCAAGAAGUUGAAUAGGCCAGCGAGUGUACAGUUUUGAGUAAGAGUGAAACGCUGUGUUCACAAUGACUUACAACUCCAUACAUAAGGAGCUCUUUGGAUGUUGUGACCUUCAGACAUGAGAGAUCAGCCCAUAUUUUGUUUUUUCUCCUCGCCAAAUGUUUUUUUAGUUUGUAAGUAGACAUUACUUUUGUUGUAUAGUAAGGAUUAAAGGUGGGGUUUGCUUGACUUGUUGCCUUUUUUGUGUUUAAUGGGGUGAAUCUGUGCAUUCUGCAAAAGGAAAUGGGAUUUAUUUGGCCUCAAGUAAAUUGUUUAAUAAACUGUUUCCGGGAGGAUACAUUUUCCUAUAGUAGUCUCUGACAUUUCAAAUAUCAAACUGUGAAUGGUAAAAUAGAGCCAUGAAAAAGUUUACUCCAAUCUAUAUUUUCUUUGUGAAGAUAUUAGACCCAUUCUAACCUUUUGUAGGUCUGUUUAUUUUGAUACUGCUGUUCUGUGCACGUGGGUUAUUCCUUUUCUUUACAGAUUGACCCCAUUAGGCUUACUGCUGUUGUAUCUUCAUGUGUAUUUGUUUACCUCUAACACUUGGUAUAAAGGGCAAGUUGACACAAAGCUUUUGUUCUGGAUCUUGCCAUUUACUGUCUGACUCUCCCAUAACAUAUAUGCAAUAUUCUGCUACGUUGAUGUAUGUUUUGCUAAUCUCCCAUUUGGUUUGUUUUAUCGCAGAUAUUUCUGUGGUACCUUGCAGGAUUUGGCUAAAAUAUAUUUCUCUCCUAAAGUGCUCCAUUCUAUAUUUUUUGCCUGUACAUAUGUUUUUAUAAGGACCCCCUGUUUAACAUCUCUUUCAAUGAACCUUUAGGCAAGACAAAAACCUGAAAAUAUUCUAAGUGGUAUUGACUUUUUAUAGGGUUUAGAAGGUUGCUGACUUGGCAUGCUUUUGGGUUUUGUUUUAUUUUUCUUUCUUUUCAUUGCAGACUUAUUUGGCAAUGUACAGUAAUCUGUAAACUUGCAUCAAGUUUAUGAUUAAACCAUUUUAAGAUAUAA